AUGGGACCGGGAGGCGACUGCACCGCCGGCUUCCCCCUUCCGUCCUCCUUGGCUGCCGAGCCGGAGCCGCGCUGCCAGGAGGCCCCCUCUCCUCCUCCGAACGCGCGCCGCCUGCUGCCUCCUUGCCCGCUUGUCGGCUGCUCUCCGGGCUUUCGGGGCUGGAGCCGCCGCCGCCGCCGCGCCUGGGAAGGGAGUCAGGUAAGAGGCGUCGCCUGAGGAGGGCUGCCUUUACUUUUGGCGCCGGACCUCAGGCGUCAAUGGCGGGGGGUGUGGGGUGUGGAACUGCUUUAGGAGAAUGCAAUAGAAUAAGCAUUAGUAGGGGAGCAAGGCUUUCACAGAAUCCUAAUACUUAUCUGUGUCUGAAAGCAAAGGGACCAUGGGGAGGGGAGCGGGAAGUAUUUUAAGGGAGCGCCCACUUAUUUAUGUAUUUAUUUUAUUUAUAUAUCACUUUUCUCUCAAGGUGGUGCGCAUGGUUCUCUUCCUGCCCUUUUCAUCCUCACAACAACCUUGUGAGGUAGGUUGGGCUUAAGAGAUGGUAAGGGCCGAGUGGGGAUUUGAACCCUUCUCUCCCAGGUCCAACACUCUAACCACAUGGUAGACCUUUGAGGGAAGUUUUUAAUAUUUAAUGCUGUAUUGUUUUUAACACUUGAUUGGAAGCCGCCCAGAGUGGCUGGGGAAGGGAUGGGUGGGGUAUAAAUAAUAAAUUAUGGGUGGGGUAUAAAUAUAUUAUUAUUAUUAUUAUUUCAGCAAAUUGCAUUUUUCCUUUUCUAACCCCCCACCCCACCCCACCUGCUCUCUUUUAAAUGCAAUUAUAUACAUCUUGGCCCCCCCUUUUCUCAACAACAGGCAGUCAAUCUUUUCCCACAAUAUCUAGUGGCUAAAUAAUGGCUUAAUUAGUGCAAGGGCUCCAUUGGCAUGAAUGGAGGAAGGACAAAUGAAAGUGACCCAGAGCAAAGAAAGCUAAAUUUCUUGUAUGUACUGUAUAUGAUUUGCCAUUUCCAAAGUCACUGCUGGACCUCUUAAUGUGGAAAUGUUGCAUUGGGAACUAGGUAUCCACGCAGCUAUUUCAAAUCUUUAAACACAAGCAGUACAUAACAAAAAUCAAAGAAGAUGUGCAUACAUAUGUCUUCUGGUAGAAUACAUGCUCUGUGUACAUUUUCACAUGGAAGCACUUUGAAAAAAUUAUCUAUAUGAGUUUCAGUGCUGAUGACUUGUGGUCAAUACAACACUGGAAUCUCAGUCCCAUAAGUUCUGAAUCUUAAGAAAUCAAAUCUGUUCCACCACAUAAAACACAUAACCUAACUCUGCCAACUCCAUGGUACUAUUAAUCUUAAGUAUUUUGUGGAAAAUAUGACAGAUUCAAUUCAAAGAGAUCAAAUGAGCUGUCCCCAAAGAAUCAAUUUGAUGAAAAGAUACUUUGUCUGUAGAGCAGUUGAACAUAACUUGCCAACUAGGAGACCGAUGUCAUUACAAAAAUCUUCCUCAGUAAAUCUUGCUUCCCCACAUCCAGUGGAAAUUAUGCAAAGCUGACCAAACCAUGGGAUUACUGUUUCAAAUAUCACUAUAUGCUUCUUCAUAGUUGCCUUUAUUAAACUAGAAAAUGUUAGCUGCAGAGAUCCCAGUGGCUCCGUAUGCAAUUUAAGAUAAUAGAGCAUAACUUUUAGCUUUCUCAGUAUGGAUUGACUACUGACAAGAAAUGUUGCAGCAGUGAAUGAGAACUUUUCCAGGUAUUUUAAGGAAGAAAAAGAGAUCCCAUCACUUGAUUGCUGUAGGGGAGCCAAACAUCUUUCUUCAAAUAAAUGUUGCUAUUAUUCUUAAUGUUACUACAGUAAAAAUAAAAAAAAUAAGUUCCACAAAGUAUCAUCCUAAGACGGCGGCAUUACAUUACUGCUUGCUUAUUUACAUACAUUACAAAUAUCAAACCACUGUGAUCCAAAACCAUUCCUCUUUUUUUGAUGACUGAGCCAAUUUUAUGUUAUUUGUCAAUGUUUCAAUCACAAUUGUAUCCCAACCCUUUUUGUACCAAUAUUCCAAAUGUUUCUCUAAGGAACUGAAAUUCCCGUUACAGUAGCAUAACUGUAAGUGCUUUGUGGACUACGUCUGCAUGUGUUCUCAUGAGCACCUAUUGGACAGUAUCCAAAAGAUCCCAAGUAAACAGUAACACAACUCCCUUUUUUCUUAUUUUGUUCCUUGACACUGGAGGAUAGUAUGAAGACAUGGGAUGCAGCAAAAUUACUGCAGCUAAGCAGGUCUGGGCCUAGUUAUUGCCUAGACUGGAGCCUCCUUGGAAACCCUAGGUAUGCCACCUUGAGUUCCAUAAUAAAUACAGCUAGGAUAUAAAUAUAAUAAGCAAAUAAGACAGAGAUCCAAACCCCCAACUGUUGCACUGAAGGUGGGUGGGUCUUGGAUGGGUUGGAGAUCUUCCUUGGCCCAGUCCAAAACAGCUUCAUUGGCCUCCCUCUCGCAUGGAGAUCUCCAUUCCGCCUGGCAAAAGUGCAGGUGGUUGGAAACACAGCCAGUGGGAUUCCCAGUGGCAGUAGCCCACAGAAAGACUCAAAACAGUAACAGGGAUGGGUGAGCCAGUCCGGGAUCCACUGGCUCCAGAGCUGGCCCACUGCCAUCACUUGAUGGCUUUGGACCUGAUUCACUGCCAGUUCCAGGCUGCUGUAUCAGAGAACAGGUCUUUGCCUGCCCCUUCAUCUUCCACCCAAGCUGGAAUUAGGAUUGCUCUAUGUCCUUAGAGACUGACACUGUGUACACACCAUACAACUGAAGCACAUUUGAAGCAUGUUACUUCCGUCAAAGGGUAUUGGGAACUGCAGUUUACCCCUACAUCUCCCAACAAACUACAGUUCCCAGGAUUCUUUGGGAGGAGUUGAGUAUGCUUUAAAUCCACAGCAGUGAUCAGAGGAGAAACAAGUGCUGAUAGAAGAAACGCCACGGUGCAUCUGUAACAGCGAAACGGAUGCCUUCGUCUGGCCCAACUGCAAUAGAAGAUGUCUCUCCUAUUUGAUCUCUUCAGCCACAGCUGGCGCUGAAAUUCUCCAGUGGUUUGACUUUAGCCCCAAUAGCGCACUCUUCCAUUGGCGCACGCUUCCAUUGUUGAGACAGGCAGAUGCCAACAAUGACAAUGACAGAGUUUUCUUGCAUCCAUUUGUCUUUUAAUGGAACACAGUAAUGAAGUAAUAAUUUUUUUUCCUCAGUAGAAUGUGCCCAAGGUUUUUAAGUACUGUUGAGCUUUAGCUGAUUUAAUGCUAUUUUAAUUUGGAUACUUUAUGUGUAUUUUUAAAUGGGUGUUGCCUGGUUUAAUUGGGUGUCGUCUAUUUGGACUGUACCCUCUGUGGAGCAAAUGAUACUGCGUCCACGUGUAAGAGCCCAGAUGGCAUCUUCUUUGAAAAAGAAAGGGGUGCUUUGAAGGAGGGAAGGAGCAGAGGGGAAGGGAGUGCUUAACCCAAACUAAAUCUGAGUAAAUAAAUAAGCGCUACGGGUGGCUCUGUGGGUUAAACCACAGAGCCUAGGACUUGCUGAUCAUAAGGUCGGCAGUUCAAAUCUGGCUCCCUCAGCCAAUAAAGUGAGAUGAGCGCCGCAACCCCAGAGUCGGUCACGACUGGACCUAAUGGUCAGGGGUCCCUUUACCUUUACUGUAUCCUAACCCACUGGGCGACAUAAUAUUGUGAGUGUUUGUAAAUAUGUGGCCUUUUCUUUGUUUUACAUUUGCAUUUAUAUGUUGAAAAACUUAACAUCUUGCCUUUCUCCAAUGCUAACGCCCUAGGAAUGUUUACUCAGAACUAAACCCCAUUGAAUUCAAUGGAUUACUCAUUUAUUUAUUAUUAAAUUGUUAACCCACCUUUCCUCUAUGAGCUCAAGAUGGCAGACACAGUUUCCCCCCCCCUUUCCCAUUUUAUCCCCGCUGCAAGUAAGUGUUGCGCAGAAUUGCAGCCUUCAACUGCCCAUAUCACAGUGCAAAAAGAAGUGAAAAUAUAUGCACGAAAUUCAUAAUCUCAAAUCACAGCAAGUAAGCGAGUUAGUGUGGCACAGAAACACCUGUUGUGGUGUGAAGUGUUAGGCUUCACCAUAGGAGAUCCAGGUGCAAAAUCUUUGCUCUAUGUAUGCUUCCUGUUGCAAUAUGCGAAUCAACCUGUUCUGUGUAACCUGCCCCACACAUGAUUGUUUUGAGGAGUGGACAUCCUUGGAAGAAGGGCAGAAUACAAAUGAAUCAAAUCACUGGAAGAUGUUUUACAGCACCUUCUAAAGUCUUUUAUAAAUGUUGUUAGUCUUUUUAUAUAAGAUUGUUAAUGAUGGCGUUGUCUAUGUUUUUAGCUUUUUCUAUUUUAUCUAUAUAGGGGGACGUGGGUGGCGCUGUGGUCUAAACCACUGAGCCUAGGACUUGCCGAUCAGAAGGACGGCAGUUCGAAUCCCCGUGAUGGGGUGAGCUCCCGUUACUUGGUCCCAGCUCCUGCCAACCUAGCAGUUUGAAAGCACAUCAAGUGCAAGUAGAUAAAUAGGUACCGCUCCGGCGGGAAGGUAAACGGCGUUUCCGUGCGCUGUUCUGGUUUGCCAGAAGCGGCUUAGUCAUGCUGGCCACAUGACCCGGAAGCUGUCUGUGGACAAACACCGGCUCCCUUGGCCUAUAGAGCAAGAUGAGCAUGCAACCCCCGAGUCGUCCGCAACUGGACCUAGCGGUCAGGGGUACCUUUACCUUUACCUUUUUAUUUUAUCUGUAUAAGCUGCCUUGAGUCCUGGAUUGGGGAAAGGGUGGGAUAUAAGUAAAUAUAAUAAUAAUAAUAAUAAUAAUAAUAAUAAUAAUAAUAAUUGUUGCGUGUACAUUCAGAAAGAAGCAGCAUUAAAAGAAAGGUGCAUGACAUAUUUCUGGCAGUGAUUGCCUGACAAUAAAACUUAAUCUCAUUUCCUCUUGUCACAGUGA